CUUAAUAAAUGCAUGAUGCAUGCAUGCAUUUGCUCUUGUGGUUUAUUUAUUUUUUACUUUAGAGGUCCAGAAACAUUUCAUGCAUAAAUGUGCAUCACCGAAAGCCACGUGUGUAGUCUAUGGAUGUUAUCACCACUGUUAACAUUUUCACCGGCCAUGAAAACGGAACUGAUAGCGGCUCACCUAGAGGCCAAUCAUGCUCGUGCUUUAAUACCACAGUGUAUAACUUUCUUAUGUAUAACUGGACUUGAUGAUCUUUCAAAAGAAGAAAACUCUGCAACCCUUGGAUCUCUCUCUCUCUCUCUCUCUCUCUCUCUCUCUCUCUCUCUCUCUCUCUUUGUGACGCUGUUUUCCGCUGUAAACCAUCCGUGUGGUGGCUGUGUAAUUUUAUCCACACUGCAACCUCUUGGUUCACACAAGACUGAUACCUUGCCUCCCCUUUUCCUUUGUAUCAUCUGGUCGGGGUUCAGGCUAUUGUUGCAGGAGGGCUCUUUUAUUUCUGCGCACACACUGUCGAUCAGCGACUGCCGUUUUUUCGGUUCAGAUACAGUCUAUAUGGAGAGCAGAGAGGAACCCAUGAGCACCAACGAGGCGAACGCAUGCUGUUGCCGCCGACUCGGCUUUAACAGAUGACCAGGACUUUCCUCCCAAACAUAUUAAAGAGAGGAGAGAGGGAUACAUAAAGUUGUUUCUCUUCCCCCCCUUCUUUUUACUGGAUCACUGCUUUGCGCCACUGACAAAUGAGACUUCUUUAAUGGGACCCCGAGUGCCAGCUCUUUCUAUUCCAGCGAGCUUUUGCCGAUAUCCCGCCAUGCCACAAUGGAUAUAAUUCUGCUCUGGUUGUUACUGAGCUUCUUGGAUCCGAGUUCGCAGGAAUCUCUGGCUCCGAGGCUGACCAGGACCCCAAGGGCGCCUUGUGCCAGGGGCCAGGCGUGUGACCCAAGGCAGCGGCGAGAUGCUGGCGGACGCGGCGGGGUUUACGAGCACCUCGGGGGAGCUCCAAGACGCAGAAAACUUUACUGCGCCACGAAAUAUCACUUGCAAAUUCAUCCAAACGGAAAAAUAGACGGAUCUCUGGAUGAAAAUAAUCCAUUCAGUAUACUCGAGAUCACAGCUGUGGAUGUUGGUGUGGUGGCGAUCAAGGGCCUUUUUUCAGAAAGAUACCUGGCUAUGAAUGAGAAAGGACGUCUGUAUGCUUCGGAAGUCUUCAACCGAGAGUGUGAGUUUCUGGAGCGCAUUCAUGAGCUAGGCUAUAACACCUAUGCAUCGCGGCACCAUGCAACCUCCCAGCCAUCCCAUGCAGGGUCCGGUCCUGGGGGUGGCAAGCGCCGUGCCAGUUCUAAGAGGCAGUGGUACGUGUCAAUUAAUGGAAAGGGUCGGCCCAGGAGGGGCUUUAAGACACGGAGCACAGACAAAGCUUCCCUCUUUCUGCCCCGUGUUCUUGGCAACAAGGACCACGAGAUGGUUCGCAAGCUCAGAGAGAGCCAGAGACAUCAGACAGGUGCUCACAAAGUCCCUGUGGGUCGAGAGCGCAGAAGACGGCGGCACAGGGGCUCCAAAGGCCACAGAAGGGCUGACAUAUAACACUCUCUUCACACAGAUGGAGAAGAGAUCCAAAGCCACUGCAAGAACUAGAACUGAGAGUCAAAAAGACCAAAAGAGUCACGGAAUGCCUUGGGAGAGGACUAUUUCCAAGAAAACCUUUUGGGGAAUUAUGUUGCAACUUUUAGCAAGAAGGGCUUCCACGAAGAGAAAUAUCUUUUUUUCUCACUUUUAAAAAUGGCAGCAUCUGAGAUAUACAGACACUCCAAAGAACGUUUAUGUGACCAAAAUUAACACUACUGAAAGUUUUGUUUUUUCCUUUUUAUGACAUGAACCAUGUCAGUCUUUGCUGUACAAGACAUGUAAUUAUUGUGUAUAUAGUUGUACAGUCAUUGACUUUUUUAUUUGAGCAAAAUAACAUAGAGUAAAUGUUUGAUAUCUUGAAUUAGGAUGCCGUACGUGUGCUUGACAUUGCCGAUGACGUGUUAUGUUAUUGGACUACGACUUUUAUAGAUGGUGUACAGACUAGCACUUUUUCCUUAUCAAAGUAUAAAAUAGAAACAAACAGAUAAAACAGAUGCAUUUUAACUCACAUGUGAUAGGCUACUGUUCUUAAACUGCAAUCAGGAGUACUUUGUAUAUUACUAAAGUAAUACAUAUUUAUUUUGUUUAUAUGUUUUUAAGUUAUUGAUGACAUAGUUUCUACACUUCCAAAUAUCAAAGAUUUUUCUUCAAAAGAGAUUGAAACAUGAAUAAAAGUAGUCACAUUUGUUAGAAUAACACCGUUAUCUAUAAUAUUUGAAGUGAACAACUGGUCCCGUAUACGUAGACUCUUCAGUUUCCUUUCCUAAAUAUAAUGACAUCAACUCUUGAGACAAUGUUUUGAUAAAUGUCAUAUGUAUGGAACACUGUGAAAAGAGUAAUGCAUUAAAAUGUCAUUGAUCAACACUGAAAGCUAAACAUCUGGAGGAAUGUCACCAAUAAAUUAUAUGAAAGUAUAUAUUUUUGCCUUAAUGCAUACACUCAAAAACUUUUUUGCAGAUUGUUCAGUUUACUUAAAUUAACUAAAUUUACUAAAAUAAACUAAAGCAACAUAAUUCUACACAUUAUGUCUUAACUUGACUUAAUUACGCUCAAUACAACUGCAUUUGUAAAACUGAAGUUUACUCAAAUAAUUUGAGUUAGGACUACAUGUAUACAUUUUGUAGCAUUGAUGAAACUAGGCAGGGGAUUUCUGUUUCCCAGCAUGCUUUGCAGGGGACUGGAUGGGGUGAACAACUGUUGAAACUAAGUGUUAUUUCAUGCAUUUUAGAGUAUAGGAGGAAUAGCAGGAGAUUUGUUCAUGUUUAACGUUGUGUUAUAUUGGCAUUUAAAAGGAUUGUUUGUUGUGCUGGAGUUUUUGGAAGGCAUUAUGGUGAAGAUUGGCGCUUUACUUAGGUUAAGGAUGAACGCUCACUUUCAGUGAAGUUUGAUUUGAAUGCUGCUUAGUUUCACCGUCGUUACAUUUGCUCACCUGGCAUAUACUAAUGGUUAAUAAAAUACAUUUUGUUGGACCAACUUA